UUUGUUUUAAAUUUAUAACCAUAACAUUAAACAUUAAUUGCAGGUUCCAAAAAUACUUCACCUGGGCUUCAUUAUUUACAGCGGCUAAAAAUAUUUGUAAUCAAUACAGCAGCUUCGCAGAUUUCUUUAUUUACAUAUGAAAUUGAAAACGCCAUGUGCGACAGAUUGGAGCAAGAAUGCAGUCGAGAAGUUGUUGAUGACAAACGACCAACAUUUGGGAACCGUUUCUUAACUAACGAUGUCGAUGUUUACACGCACAAUGCUUGGGAUAACGUAGAAUGGGAUGAGGAACAAGAGCAAGAAGCACGCCAAGCUGUGCUUAAAAAUUCGACUGAAAAAAUGUCUACAGAAAAUCAACUAAAAUAUCAACAAGAAGCUGAUAAAUUUUGGGAUACUUUCUAUGAUAUACAUCAAAAUCGUUUCUUCAAAGAUAGACAUUGGCUUUUCACGGAAUUCCCAGAGUUAGCGCCACAAAGCAAUGACAAAGACAUAAACUUAGCACCACGUACUAUCUUCGAAUUGGGCUGCGGUGUUGGUAACACAAUUUUGCCAAUAUUAAAAUAUAGCAAAGAGCCACGAUUAAAGGUAUAUGGUUGUGAUUUUUCAGCUCGUGCAAUUGAAAUACUACAAACACAUCCAGAAUUUGAUACAGGACGUUGUCAUGUAUUUGUUAUGGACGCAACCAGCGACAAAUGGACUGUGCCAUUUGAAGAAAACUCACUGGAUGUGAUUGUUCUCAUAUUUGUUUUGUCUGCAAUCGAACCAGCAAGAAUGCAAAAUGUGGCUCAAAAUUGUUUUAAAUAUUUGCGUCCUGGUGGAUUAGUACUCUUUCGUGAUUAUGGUCGUUAUGACAUGGCGCAAUUGAGAUUUAAAAGCGGCAAAUGUUUGCAAGAUAACUUUUAUGUGCGCGGCGAUGGUACAAUGGUAUACUUCUUCACACAGGAGGAGUUAAGGGAUCUGUUUUGCAAUGCCGGUUUUAUGGAGGAGCAAAAUGUAGUCGAUCGUCGUUUGCAAGUUAAUCGUGGACGUAUGUUGAAAAUGUACAGAGUUUGGAUACAAAAGAAGUUUAAAAAACCAGUUAACAACGAAGAAUAAGCGCUGACGAUAUUAUUUGUAUGUAAUGAUUGUAUAUUGUUAAAUAAAAAUUAUUAUUUGAAUAUAA